UGAAAGGUACAAAAAGAACAAUGCUGAUUUUUUCACAUGACACUUGCUAUAUUAUCCGUUUCUGGAGCUUUGAAAAGACGCAGAAGGAGCAUCCAGCUAGAGAAGGUCGACUCGAGAUAGCACCGAGCAAUCCUCCCAUCAUGCUUCUGUCAUGCUUUUUCCUGCUGGCCAUAUUGGCAACAGGCUCGGCUAUCUCUCUCAGCGAUUGUCCCGUUGCCAUACCCAGAGACAAAUACUUGCAAGUUCACGGGAAUUCCUGCUACAGGUUCGUAGUGACCGACAACCGCGACUACUUCGAUGCAGAGAAAGACUGUGAACGCCAAAAGGGCAUGCUGGCCAUGGUGAAGACUCAUGAGGUCCAAGAAUACCUGGUGAAAGAACUGGUCAACACCUACGGUAUACCCGACAACUAUAGGGUGUGGAUUGGUCUCAACGAUCACGCUAAGGAAAACCAGUUUGUGUGGGAGGACGGAACAAUUCUCAAUUCUACCGAUUACUCAAACUGGGCAUUUGAGAACGGUCCCCGAGGAGGAUGGAUCCGCCAUGACUGGGAGGACUGCGUCUCUAUAGAUGUCACUACCCACGAAUGGAACGAUCAUCACUGCUCAAAUUUCCUGUGGGUGAAGUACGAGAAACCGUUCGUGUGCGAGUACAGGGUAGCUGUCCCCUCUGCGGCACCUGCAACUUCAUCUGCCCCGAGCACGGAAGCGCCUACUUCCAGCCCUACGACCGUGUGCCCUCCUUUCACCUGUCAGCUGGACUGUGGCAUGGAUGGCUACGCUCUCAACCCAUCCACUGGCUGUUCUGUGUGUGAUUGUGCUGCCUAAAAUAUGAAUCGUAAAACCUAUGAAACAAAACACAUCACUUUAACAGGAGCCCCCCCAAAAUUCUGAAGCUCUCAUUUGCAAGAACUAAACAAAGAACGUAAUGAGGAGAUUAUGUCUUAGAAUACAACAUUUUCUGAUAUGCCAAUAAAAGCAACUACUUCAGAUUUAGAUAUUGGAUUCGGAAAAAAAUAGUUGUCCUCAUUAAAGAAAUAAUAUAUUUCGGUUAUGGAAUGCAAAGAUUGGUUAUGUCGCAAGUCAUGUCAGGUAGAAAUAUUUCAGUUUGAUGUCAUCGUCUUGAAGUUACUAUAAUAAAUCGACCUUUCUUAUCUUGGAAAUGUCGAUUGACAAAGCAGUUUAGCGUAUCAAUAGCAGUCAUCAAAUUCUUAUUCUCAUAACAAUCCUCGAUUAAAAAUUCGAGAUGUUUUAUGAAGAAAAUGAACAGAGUCCAAAAAUGAUCGAACGUUACCGGGACAGAAAGAAAGCACGAACAGGACAAGCGGAAAGGAAUUUUAGUCACACUUUGAAGAAAUUGCACAGCGAUCUAGAUAUCUAAAAAAUAUCUAUUUGAAUCACUAACAUAUGCCUACCUAGCGAGUAUAAUGAAGGAACAGACACAGAUAUUGUUUUCAUUAGUUAGCAAAUAAGAGGUCAAAUAAAACGAUUCAUUGAGACA